CAUACUUCAACUUGGUCUCGAUCUCCUCAUCGAACCUUGCUUUCUAUCACGAACUCUCUCACUCAACCCGUACCUAGUACCUACCUAUCUUGCCCACGUUCGCCUGUCGCGUACCCUCUUCAUACUCUUGGCUUCUACCACUAGCCAUCUAUACCGCGUUUUACUACUCUCUUUUCAUUCUAUCUUGUCUUGCUCAAUCUUUAUCUGAGCUUCCCAUCUCAAAGUCAACGGAACUCAUCACCAACGCGUGUACCAAGGACGCUAUAGAUGGUUUGAAACCUGACAUUGCUGACUACUAACUUCCCAAAACCAUUUCCAGUUUCUUCCUGCUCAACAAGGACGCUUUUUCACAAUGUCGUACUUCAGCUCUCAAUACUCCUCUCCUGUCCUUACCAUGUCUCCCCAACAUGCCCACCAAUCCAUGGGCAUGGCAAACUUUGGACACCAUACACCAUCACGAUUUGCACCCAUGCCAAACCAGUUUGCAGUCGCUCAGCCUCCACGACCUGCUGUAGCUGGCAGAAAGCGUUCUCGGGACGAGGCUUCUGAAAACCUUGAGCCCGACAUCAAGGCCUUGCCCGUCGAGGAGCCUGAAGAGGAGUGGAUCUACGGCCCUGGCAUGACCCUCAUCAAGAAGAGCACCGGCUAUGUCAUGGAUGCGAGCAGUCAGUCCGGUACCUGGGUAGAAGAGAAGAAGGCUGCUGAGGAAGCCGCCAUCAAGGAGGCGCGCUCCAUGAUCAGAAACCCCAAGCUGCAGCGUGUUUCCCCUGCUCUGUCGAGCGAGACCUCUACCAGUAACUCUUCCUUCAAGACCGAUGUCAAGCCUGCCGCUGAGGGUCCUAUUGUCGAUAACUUCACUUUGCACCUCGGUAUUGGCUGGCGAAGAAUCAGCGAACAAGAUCAUAUUCAACAAGCUGCUCGAGGCUGGGCCCGCUACAUAGAAAACCACUUCCCCGUCUCUAACGCCAAAAUUCUUCUAGAGAGCAAUGGCCUACAGUCAUAUCUCGUAGAAGCCAACGAGGGUUUCUUCCUGUUUGCUGAAAACUUGCGACAAGGCCAGCUCGUUAGCCAGACAGCCGACGGUGCCCUUCAAAAUCUCCAAUGCUCUCCACCUAUCUUUGAUGGAAUGGAGGUUCUCUCCGCCGCUGAGUCCCCUCGACCAGCCAAUGUCGUCCCUGAUAUGGAUAUGAGAAUGGACUAAGGAAAAAAAGACACCUUGGUCGAGAACGUUGCUUUGUCUCUUAUACUGCAUCCUGUUUUUGUUUGCUAUCUACACGGAGUUCACGGUUUGCCAUGCUUAAGGAUUGGAAUGGGACUGGGAAAGGAGCCUAGGGAUUGACAGGAAAGGCCCACUAAGAGCGAACGCCAUAGACUCGGACAGUCAUGGCUUGAUAUCAUUUGAUUGCAAUUUACAUCAUUCAUCAGUAAAA